CAGGCUUCCUGCUGAGCAGGGAGCCCCACAUGGGGCUCAAUCCCAGGAUGCUGGGAUCAUGACCUGAGCCAAAGGCAGACGCUUAACCGACUGAACCAACCAGGCGCCCUGGGAUUUUCUAUGUAGGUAGUUAUGUCCUCUUGCAAAUAGUUACGGUUUUAUUCUUCCUUUCUAAUCCGUAUGCUCUUUAUUUCUUUUUCUGGCCUUCUUGUACUUGUUAGGACUCCCAGUACGGUGUUGAAUAGUAGUGUAAGAACAGACAUACCUGCCUUGUACCCAAUCUUGGAAGGAAGGCAUUCUUUCUGUCACUAUUCAGUAUCUUUCCAGCUGCAAGGAAACAAUCCACAUCAAAUCCUAUGUCAUUGUAGCCACUGCAGCAAAACAUUGAGUUUAACUCUACCUUUUUGGGCAGCCAGGUUUUGUGCGUGAAACUCAAGUUCCACUAUAACUUCAGUCCAUUUGUGGCUAGGCUUUUCAGAGAGCUGGGAGAGAAGUUGAUAUUUUUCCCACCACUUUAAAGUCAGGAAUAACAGCAAAUGGGCCAUUAUCAUAUGCUAUAUUCUGGGUCCCCUGACUUAAAGUGCUCUUAGUCUAAAUUAAAGAUAGACAACAUAGGAGUUAGAGGGAGAGCCGGGUAUUCAGGCCGUGAGGCGACCAGGAGAGAAGGUGGCUCCCAGUGGAAUCUGAGGAGUGGCCGAGGCUUUAAGAUAAUUAUGUUUGAUGGUAGAUACCACAAUAGACCUGGGUGUGAGUAUACAUUUUAUUGUAGGUAGUACAAUGGAACAGCACCAAUUAGCUACUUAUUAAUCCGGAAGACUCACUGGAAUAUUGUGUGGACAACUGGGAGUGGAAAUUACUCACCAUUUAAGCAAAAAGGAUUUCAGGAUGGCUAGCUUUCCCCCAUUCUAAAGGUCCUAAGGACAUUGGAUUAGAGUCUCGGUCAGGGAAACCCAGAUAGCAAAAUCCUACUGAAUUUCUCUCUAAAUAUGAAGGGUAGUAUGCACUCUGAUUCAUAAAAUGUGACUGUGCAGGAAAUAAGUAACACUGUUUAACUGCUAAUUCUCCCCCAUGAGUCACUUGUGACAGUAAUUGUUCACCCACCAUUCACGUGUGACAAUAAUCUUGCUAUAUUUACUAAAUGAUUUGAAGGGGAAAAAAAGACUUUAUAAAAAUCAAUAAAAUAUCAUGGAGAAACAGGGCACCUAAAAGUUCAAGCCUUGGUAGGGGGCACCUGCUAAUGCUCAUGGCCGGGGUUGAAAGGUGGCACAGUAUGUAGUUUGUCUAAAGCAUUUCAAAAUACGACUCAAAUCACACUGCUUCUCUGCUGGGAGUGGUCAUUUACCACCGAUAAUUGAAAUAUUUCUCCUCAUUGGGGUAGUCUUUAUUUUUGUUGAGAGUUUGUGCAGGUUAAAAGUAUAGCAACCCCCUUUCCCAAGCAAAAAAAUCAAGCUCUUCCCAAGUCUUGCCACUGAACAAACAUAUAAGUUUCCAUUAUUCUAAAGACUAAUAAAAUUACCCAGAAUAAGGACUUUUUGUUUCAUGUCCAGAUUUAAUGGAUAUUAUAUGAUGUAAAUGCCCAGAAUAGGCAAGUCUGUACAGUCAGAAAGUAGAUCAGUAGUUGUCUGGGAAUGGAAGAAAGCUUCACAUGGAGGUUGUAUUAAUUUUCUGUUCCUGCUGUAACAAAUUACCACAAACAGUGACUUAACACACAUUUAUUCUAUUUAUUUAUUAUCUUAUAGUUCUAGAAGUCAGAAGUCCAGAAUGGGUUUCACUGGGCUAAAUUCAAAGUGUUGGCUAAUGAGAGACUUUAUUUUCUUGCCUUUUCCAUUUUCUAGAGACCACUUUUCUUGAUUCGUGGCUCUUUUCCUUCAGCUUCAAAGCCAGCAAUGUUGGGACAAGUUUCGCUCAAUCUGUCACCUCUGUGGUUCUCUCUUCCAGUGACCUCUUCCACUUUUAAGGAGUCUUAUGAUUACAUUGGUCCCAUCUAGAUAAUCCAGGAUAAUCUUAUUUUCAAAUUAGCUGAUAAGCAACUUAAUUCCAGCUGCAACCUUAAUGUUUCUUUGUUAUGUAACCUAACAUACAAGUUCCAGACAUCUUUGAGGGAAACAUUAUUCUGCCUAUCAUGGGGAAGAUGGAAAGUGAGUGGUAGUGCUGAUAGUUAGGGGGUUUCUUUUUAGAAAUGAUGAAAUGUUCUAAAAUAGAUUGUGGUCAUGUUGUGCAAUUGUGUGAAUAUACCAAAAACUACUAAGUUGUGUACUUUAGAUGGAUGAAUUGUAUGGGAUGUGAAUUACAUUUUAAUAAAGUGUGUGUGUAUUCAGUAUUUCUAAAACCAAAUUCUGUAAUCUUCCUGCCUGAAACCAGCUCCUCUUCCUGAGUUUCUUAAUUAGCUGAAUCUUAGUUAAUGACACCUUCAUCUAUCAGGUCACCCAAACUUUAUGGCUAGAAUAGAUUGCUCCCUCUCCUCAUAUCUGUUAUUCAGUCUUUUUAAAAAUCUCCACUGUUUUCACUUCCUAAAUAAUUCUAAAAUAGUAUCCUUUCACAAUCCUGGUCUUUCUUAAUGUGACUGGAUCUUUACCCCUAAGGAGGACAGGUUUUUUUUGCCUACCUUUUUGGCAUUGUGAUGACAUCUGUGGGCCACUCUGAAACUGGUUCUAUUAAAGUAGAGUUAAAUGGUUUAAAAAAUAGAUCCGUGAUACAUUAAUAUUAGUGUGUCUUUACCACUGUGGUGAAAUGAAAUGACAAGAUCUAACGGUGAGCCCUAAUAACAACGGUGAUUAUUUAAAAUUAGGGAUGAGAAUAACUUGUAUUUUGAGAUACCUGCAUCAGCUGUGAUGUGAUAUGAAAAUGUGUUUUCUACUGGUGACAAAGUCACAGGUACUGCUGAUAGUACUGUGGUUUGUUGCCAACACAUAAUUGAAGGAAAUGCUAAAUUUCAAUUAGAGAUCAGCCAAAACGGCAGUCAACUUUUUCUGCCAUUCAAGGUCUCCGAGGACCUCAGGUUAAGAAGCCCCGCCCGCCCACCUUGGGGCAAGAAGCCAGGGACCACCGAGCUGCGCGCUCUGACGUCCUAGAGAGGAAGCACGUGAGGCUUGGGCGACGCGCCCCGCGCGGUGACGCGCUUCCGGUCACCCUGCGCGUUGCGCCUCUUCUGAGGCGGGUGGUGGGCUUUGUGGCCGGGUCGUCUCCACUAGAGGCGCACCCUUCGCCUGUGGAGGAGGCCGCUUUCUGCGUCCCUGAAGCGGCGGUGGAUGGAGGCGGAGGCUGCCUGCGGGCCAGUCCCGUUCUCCCUCGGGUGCCUUCGCUUGUCUCAGCCCGCGGCGGCCGCUUUGGGGCAAGGAGGCUGUGGACGGAAAGGAGACGCCCUGUGUGCCCGACACAGCUGCAGAGCCCUGCCGGUUGGGCCAGCCACUACUUACCGGGCAGCUGAACGGCACCGGCUGCUCCAGGUUCCCGGGAUGUGGCUGUGAAGGAGCCGAGAGUGGGCCCCGCCUUCAGGGAGCUUUCAGUUUACUGGGAAAGUCUCGUAGUAGUCAAACCUGAGCGCAAGAGUGCCAGCAGGGGGAGGAGCAGAGAGAGAGGGACAGACACACUCUGCACCGAGAGGGGAACCCAGCGUGGGACUGGAUCCCACAACCUGAGCUGAAAUCAAGUGCCAUAUGCUUAACCAAUUGAGCCACCCAGGCGCCCCAGAGUUUUUUGUUAAAAAUAAAGCCCCUGCCCUUCACUGAGAGGAAGCCCAGGUGAUGGCAGCCAUGCCCCUGAACGCCUGGCACCAGGAUUUGGUGACCUUUAAGGACGUGGCUGUCUACUUCACCCGGACAGAAUGGGCUGGUCUUUAUCCUGCACAGAAGGCCCUGUACAGAAGUGUGAUGCUUGAGAAUUAUGGGAACUUGACAUCCCUGGGAUACCCAGUUCCCAAACCUGCCUUGAUCUCACUUCUGGAGGGAGGGAAUUUGCCUUGGGGCUUGGAGGCACAGGAUAACCCAUCUGCAGAGAGGACCAAAGACAUCUGUAAAGAUACUGAGACCAACGUUGGCAGUGAGUCCACAUCAGCACAGGGAAUUUCUGAAGAAAGAGAUGUGAUAGUGUCACAUUGUUUGCAGAAGAGUGUUGUUCAGGGAGCCAACUUUCUAGAAACCUGUGAACUGGAAAAGCACCGGGAAAUCCCCACAGUGAAAAGUAUUAAAGGAAAGGUUCCAGGAAUCCACUGUGCAAGAAAACCCUUCGGAUGUGAGGAGUGUGGGAAAUGCUUCAGUUAUUUUUCUUACUAUGUUAGACACCAGAGAAUCCACACUGGGGAGAAACCCUUUGAGUGUAAUGAGUGUGGAAAAGCCUUUAAUGGAAAUUCUUCAUUAAUUCGGCACCAGAGAAUCCACACUGGAGAGAAACCCUAUCAAUGUGAAGAGUGUGGGAGAGCCUUUAAUGAUAAUGCAAAUCUGAUCAGGCAUCAGAGAAUCCACAGUGGGGACAGGCCUUAUCUCUGUGGAGAGUGUGGAAAUGGUUUUACCAGUAGUUCUGAGUUUGUUAUACAUCAGAGAAUCCACACUGGGGAGAAACCUUAUGAGUGUAAUGAGUGUGGAAAAGCUUUUGUUGGUAAUUCACCACUACUUCGACAUCAGAAAAUCCACACUGGAGAGAAACCCUAUGAAUGUAGUGAGUGUGGCAAAAGCUUUGGAAGGACUUCCCAUCUUAGCCAACAUCAGCGUAUUCACACAGGGGAAAAGCCUUAUUCUUGUAAAAUAUGUGGGCAGGCCUUCAAUUUUCAUACAAAACUAACUCGGCACCAGAGAGUCCACAGCGAAGAGAAACCCUUUGACUGUGUAGAUUGUGGAAAAGCCUUUAGCGCUCAGGAACAAUUAAAAAGGCAUCUAAGGAUCCAUAUUCAGGAGUCUUCCUAUUUAUGUGAUGCGUGUGGAAAAAUCUUCACUAGCAAAAGAACUCUUCUUCAGCAUCAAAGAAGCCAUACUGCAGAGAAAUGCUAUGAGUGUGUCAAGUAUGAAAAAACCUUUAGGACUUCUUCCAAGCUAGGUCAUCAUGAGCAUAUACACCCUGGAGAGAAACCUGUCAUCCUGGACAUUUGUCAUUUUGGCCUCCCAGAUUUUUUCACCCCCUUUUACUGGUAAUAGUACACUAAAUUUCCCUUUGGAUUUCAUCUUCCACUCAGGAGCAGGAUGUGUGACACAGGCCUGGCUCAGCUGCACAUUCCUUCCCCUAAGCCAUAGCUGUUGGUUCAGAUAUCACUAGUUUACCCAUCAUGGUCCGGUUAUAGCCCCGGGACUUAGCAGGAGUUAAUAGGAAGAAAUACUCUUCUUUUCCCCCUUAGUCUUAAAGCUGAGAGGAACUCUUAGAUCCUUGUGGAGGCUGAGGAGAAAGUUAAGACCGCAAAAGAGAAAUCAGAAUUGAAGAGCAAUCACCCUUGAAGCUUCUGUUUGAAUGACUACAUUAAACCAUAUCUGAAGCCAGAAAUACAGCUGGGUUUUUGAGUUCCAGUAGCCAACACGUUUAACUUUUUUUUUGUUUUUUUGUCCUUUUGCUCAACCAAGUUUAGGGUAGGUUUUCUUUCCUUGCAAGAGAGCUUUAUCACUUUAACAAAAAUCUUUAGGGAAAACAAACCUGAUGGAGAAAUGUUUUUAUGUGUAUGGUGUGUGGGAAAGUCUUUAGAUAUAGUUCAGCAGUCCCUGUGAUUGUAACAAGAGUGGAAAACCCAUUGUAAUGCAGGAGCCUGGGCUACAUCAGGGUACCAGUAUAUAGAAGUUCUAGCUAUUUACGCUCUGUGACACGAGUUUCCGUUGUUACUUCAAAACUGUCUGCAUCAAGGAGUCCAUUCUCAAGAUAAGUCCUAACUGUGAAACCAAAAGCUUUCAUUUUGUUUACUCAGUUUUUACUUGGAAUGGAUGCUAUCCUAGGGAUUAAACUGGUAAAUGCCAGGUUGUUGUAGCAUUUACAGCGUGCCACUUACCAGUUUGUCUAGAAUAGCAUGCCCACCUUGCCCUUUGAUUUGGUCAGCGGGGCAAAGAAAUGCUCUGGUUCUAAGAGGGAGUGCUGAGGUGUCUCAGUAGGAAGACAAAGAGCUGGCCCUUUUCCUUCGGUGAUGAAUGUAGUCUGCACCCUCCUUUUUCUCCUCUGCCCUUUUGCUGCCAACCAUCGUGACAGUCACCCUGCCACAUUCCAGACUUCACCUGCUCCCUGAAGUCUGGCACCUGGUGGCUUCACCACCUCUUCUUUAUUUGCCAGCAGUUGAAGGAGCAGUCGUGUCACAUGUUUGGACUGACCAAUGAGUGAUAGGCUGGGGGAAUCACUUAACUUAAAAAUUGAAGUAUAAUACACACACGAAAAUGCACAACCUGAAAUAUUACCAAGAACAUAGCCUUAUAAUCACUGAGAUCAGGAAAAAGUGCAUACCAGUACCCGAUGUCUCCUUGUGCCUGGUCCUAGUCAUUACUUCUCUCUCACAGUAACCUCUGUUCUGACUUCCACCACCACAAAUGUUUACCUGAAUGGAAUCAUCAGUAUAGAUUCAUUCUCAUUGCCACAUGGUAUUCUGUUACAUGAAUAUACCACAAUUAUUGCCUGCUGUUGGUAGACAUGUGGGUUACUUCAGGGGGAUCAUUUCUUUUUUAAGAUUUUAUUUAUUUGACACACAGCACAAGCAGGGUGAGCAGCAGGCAGAGGCAGAGAGAAGCAGCCUCCACACUGAGCAGGGAGCCCAACUCAGGGCUCAGUCCCAAGACCCUGGGAUCGUGACCUGAGCUGAAGGCAGAUGCUCAACCGACUAAGCCACCCAGGUGCCCCAGGGGGAUCAUUUUGAGGGCAGAUCAUCUGAAAGUCACUCAGAAUAAAACUGGUGAGAGUAACAGGCUCCGGGACUUAGUUUCACGCAUUGCCACAUCAGCCACAGCUGCCCUUCAAUAAAUGAUGUUACAGCAGUUGUAUUCUUCUGAUGCUCACCCUGUGCCAGGCACUUUCCUAAUCACUGCACACACUUAAACAAUUGUAUGAGGUAGUUGUAAUUAACUCCAUGUUACAGUUGAAGCAAAGAUUAAUUAGGGCACAGAAGUAGCAGAGCAGGGGUUCAAACACAGGCAGCCUGGUUUCAGAACCCACCAGUGUCCUGGCCAUCCUCGUAUUGCCCUGUCGAGAUCAGAGGGGAGGUCAGUAACAGAAGAGAGGUUGUUGGAGGAGACAGUCUCCUUAGAGGUGGAGAAUAUCAGCAACAAGUCAAGUUGAGACUGUACCUGACUUCAGAUGGAGGUUGGUGAGGGUGUAGGCAACAGUGAGGGAUAAGCAUAGAUUGAGCUAAAACACAUGUCUCCUACAGACGGUGUCUUAAUAUGGCAUACCCACGAGGCAGAGGACUUGGGUCUUAGGUCCCUUCACCCUCAGAAAGACCAUUUGAAGAUGGGUAUUUUCUAUCAUGUACCUGAACCGGAGAGCUGGCUCCUCUGAGGCAUUUCAGCUUUGAGAUGUGGUGAUAGCCCGAGUGAUGUUUAAUUUUUUCAUCUUUGUGGACUUCUUUAUUGAGUAAUUAGCAUCCAUGGUCCCUGACCCCAGUGCCACUGUCAGGAACCGCUCCAGCUGAGUAACCAUCUUUGAAUUAGUCAUGGUUAAUAUAUUAGUAUAUUGUGGCUCUGUGACAAAUUACCACAAAUUUAACGGCAUAAAACAAAAGACAUUUAUUCUCUCAGUUCUGAAGGCCAGAAGUCAAAUCCGUUUUCUUGGGCUGAAAUCAUGGUGUUGGGAGGGCUGCACUCCCUGGGGCAGCUCUAAGGUAGAAUCCGUGCCUUUUCUCUUCCAACGUUUGGUGGCUGCCAGCAUUCUUAAUCUUGUAGCCACAUCACUCCUCAACCUCUGCUUUUGUCCACAUCACCCCCUCUCUGUGUCUGAUCUCCAUUUGCUUCUCUCAUUACACCAGCAAAAGCUGCCAUUCAAAGCAACAUUUACCAGGUUGCAGAAAUCAGGACCUGGUAUAUUUGGUUGGGUGUUACUCAGAUGCAUAAAUAACAUGGAAGAGGAAUGAAGUUAACAUGAAUUGAGCAAUGCCUGAAUCCCAGGCCAUACUGUAUGCACUUUAAGUGAAACAACAUACAGUAUUUACAACAACUAUGUGCUCUUACCCCAUUUUUCAGAAAAAUGAAUGGAGUUUCAGAAAAAUGAAGUGAUUGCCCAAUGUCUCAUAGCUAGUCGGUGAAGAAGCCAGGACUGUUCCGUAUGAUUCCUACUAGGUCACACUGCCUCGAAAGCUGGCUGCUAAGGUUUUUGCACUUAUUGACCUGACAAGUGUUAAGUUAGUGCACUUGAUAACACAUAACAAACUUACCUGUUGUUUCUUUUUCAUUUCCUACCCACCACCUGUAUUGCAUUUUCACAUGACCAGAAGAAACAAAGAACAUUGGGGUUAGCAGCUUGCUGUUAUCUAAUGUGGUUUGUAAUAAUGUGGUUAACUACCUUCAGGAACCAGAAUUACUUGGUUUGGCUGUUGAUGUAAGUCUCUGCUUUUUUAUCAUCAUCAUCAUCAAUGUGAUAUCUUGUUUUUUAAUUGGAAUAUUUAAUCACUUGUAUUUGAUAAACUUAUUAAUAUUAGGUUUAAGUCUAUCAUCUUGCUAUUUGUUUUCUGUUUGUCCCAUAGUGUUCCCCCAUCCCAACCCCAUUUCCUUCCCUUUUUUGGGUCAAUUAAAUUUUUGUGAUUUCAUUUUGUCUCCUUUUCUGGCUAUUCAGCUACAACAGUUUUUGUUUUAGGAUUUAGACUAUGUAUCUUAAACUUAGCACACUCUACUUUUAAGUAAUAUUAUACCACUUCAUGUAAGGCAUAAAAACCUUUUAAGAAUGUAUUUCAAUUUCUCCUCUCCUAACCUUUUAAGGUUGCUUAACAGUUGUCCCACAGCUCAUGAAUGAUUUAUUCAUUUAUUAUUUAGUUAGACUUUUAAUUUUGAGAUGAUUGUAGAUUGACAUGCAGUUGUAAGAAAUAAUAUGGAGAGUUUCCAUCUAUCCUUUACGCAGGUCCUCCAAAGGUAACAUCUUGCAAAACUAAAGUACAAUACAACAAUCAAGUCAACAUACCACACACUUCCAUAUUCACAGGGAUCCCUCAGGUUGCCCUUCUAGAGCCACAGACAACCCUCUCCUUCACUCCUGGAAGCCACUAACCUGUUCUCUAUUUCCUUUUAAAAAAUCAUUUUAAGAAUAUUAUGUAAAUAGUACCAGACAGUAUAUAACAUUUUGGGAUUGGCCUUUUCACUCAGUGUAAUUCUCUGGAGAUUGUUUGAGAUUGUAUCAAUAAUCUGUUCCUUUUGAUUUCUGAGUUUAAUUCCGUAGUAUAGAUAACCCACAGUUUGUUCAACUGCUCACCUAUUGAAGGAUAUUGGAGUCAUUUCUAGUUUUGGGCUGUUAUGAAUAGAGCUGCUGUAGGCAUUUGUGUACAGGUUUUUGUAUGAAAGUUUUUGUUUGUCCUGAGUAAAUGCCCAGAAGUGCUGGGUCAUGUGAUAAUUGCAUGUUUGGUUUCCUAAGAAACGGACAGACUGUUUUCCGAUGUGACUGUACCAUUUAUUUUACAUUUCCACCAGUAACAUGUGAUCCAGCUGCUCUGCAUCCUCGACAGCAGUUGGUGUUGUCACUAUUGUUUUGUUCGUCAUUCUGAUAGAUAUUUAGGUUAAUGGUAUUGUGGUUUAAUUGCAUUUUCCUAAUGGCUAAUGAUGUUGAACAUCUUUUGUCAUCUAUCUUCUUCAGUGAAGUGUUUCUUCAUGUAUUUUGCCCAUUUUCUAAUUGAAUUUUUUUUUUUUUACUGUUGGGUUUUGAGUGUUCUUUAUAUGUUCCAAAAAUACAGCAAGAAGUAUGUGCUAGUACUUGUUGGAUAUGUGGUUGCAUGUACUUUCUCCUACUCCAUAGCUGGUCUUUUCAUCCUCUUAACAGGAUCUUUUGUAGAGAACAUUUUUUAAUUUUGAUGAAGUCUAAUGUAUCCAUUUUUCCUCUAUGACUAAUGCAUUUUGUGUUAGGUCUAAGAACGGUUUGCCUAGCCCUAAGUCCUAAGGAUUUUCUCUUUCAUUUGUUUCUAAACAUUUUACAUUUACAGUUUUACAUUUUGCAUAAUUUCAUUUUACAUCUAUGUCUGUAAUCAAUUUUGGGUUUAUAGGUUGUGAUACCUAGAUUGAGAUUCAUUUUUUUCCCUGUGGAUGUCCAGUUGCUCCACCACCGUCUUUUGAAAAACCCGUCUUAACUUUGUUGAAUUGCUUGUGUACUUUUGUAAAAGAGAUAAGUUGAGCAUAUUUGUAUGGGUCUAUUUCUGGGUUCUUCAUUCUGUUCCAUUGAUCUGUGUAUAUUCCUCUGCGAAUAAUACACAGUCUUGAUUGUUGUAACUACAUGAGAAGACUUGAAAUUGGGUAGACCUAUUCCUUUCAUGUUAUUCUCCUUUUCCAAGCUGGUUUACUUUUUCUAGAUCCUUUGCCUUCUCGUAUAAAUUUUAAAAUAAUCUUGUCUAUAUCUUCUGCUGCAAUUUUAGUAUGAAUUACAUUAAACCUGUAUAUCAAUUUGGGAAGACCUGACAUCUUUCUUACGCUGAAUCUUCCUUUUUUUUUUUUUUAAGAUUUUAUUUAUUUAUUUAUCAGAGAGAGACAGCCAGCGAGAGAGGGAACACAAGCAGGGGGAGU